AUGCCUAAAGAAAUGGAACCUGCAAAACCUAAGGCUGCAACAAAUAAAAAGACAGCAAGACAAACAAAAAAAGCUACAACAAAACCCAAUGAAAGUGUUCUUAAUACAAGAUCUACACGUAACUCAAAGAAGCUUCAAGAUUGUUUCUGUAGUGAUGAUGUAUCAAAUGACAGUAAUACCCAAACGAAAAAAAUGAAACAAAAAAAUACAGCUAAACCAACAAAGACUGUCAAACAAAAAAAGCACUCCAAAAGACACCAAAUUGAUGAUGAACAAAUAUUUCCUGAAAAAUCUGUUAGGGCGAAUGGAAAUUCAAAUUUAGACUUACAAAAGAAAAGGCUGCUGGAUGAGGAAGAAAGUAUUUCAGAAAGAAAAAGGAGUAAAAUUGAUAAUAAUUUUGUACAAUCUGAUAAACGAAAUGAUAACCAGCAUUCCGAUUUUGAUGAUAAUGAUUUUAUGUUUAAGAAACCAUCUAUGCCGGUCCGUAAAUCAAAUAAGACCCAAAAGCAUAAUGUUACUGAAGUACUUAUUUCUAAAUCAUCACAACAACUUACUCAGAAAAUGAACCAAGACUCUGACAGCCAUACCAAAAAUUUACAAGAUUUAGAUUCAGAUAAUAACAACCAAACAGUAAAUUCUCAAAACAGCAGCGAUGUUUCAAUGAAACCCAGCUUUAUAAAACGGAAACUUUUCACACAAAAAUUAGACCUCCUUGAGAAUAAAAACCUAAAUAGCGAUUUAGCUGCACCAAGUCCUCAGACGAAAUCAAAUGUAUGUAAAGAGAAGAAUAAAACAAGGAAAUUAGUAACAUCCCAAUCGUGUCUCAGUAGAGAUGUUGUAGAUGAUGAAAAUAAUGUUUUGGAUCUGAUACACAAAAUUGUACCAGCCGAUCAAAUGAAUUUAACUACUGCAAGUAAUAAGAGGACGAAUAAAAGUAACAAAGUACCAGAUGAUAAUUGGGAUGUGGCCUCUGUUGUGUCUCAAUGUAACAGUGCUGAUGGUAGCGAUACAUAUACAGAUGAAGAAAUAUUCAAUGUACAUAAUACUAUUAAGAAGAAAGGUGAUACCAAGAAAAAACAAGAAACUAAAGCUAUCAAAACUGCAAUAGGAGAUUGUAAGGUUGUUCUGCAAAAUGUAAUAAAGCCUAAUGCUUGUAAGCAUAAUGUUAAUGGUACAACAGAAUCAUCAUCUACUAAUAUAAAAACUAUAAAUAAAGGGGCAGUGUUGAAUUCAGUUAAAUCAUUUUGGGAAACUGAUAUGGAGAGUGACAUAGAGAGUCACAGUACACCAGCCUGGAAACAAAAAACUACCAUCAAUCAAGUGAAAGAACCAUUGAAAGAAACACCCAAUGUAACUAUCUUGCAACCUGAAAAGAGAAAAGCUAAGGGUAGCAUGAUAACAGUAAGAGGCUUAAAAAAUAAAAUAAACAAUAAAACAAUACUAAAUGAGGUAAAGAAACCUUCAGCUAGCCCCCAAAAAGUAGAUAUGCCUAAAGAAAUGGAACCUGCAAAACCUAAGGCUGCAACAAAUAAAAAGACAGCAACACAAACAAAAAAAGCUACAACAAAACCCAAUGAAAGUGUUCUUAAUACAAGAUCUACACGUAACUCAAAGAAGCUUCAAGAUUGUUUCUGUAGUGAUGAUGUAUCAAAUGACAGUAAUACCCAAACGAAAAAAAUGAAACAAAAAAAUACAGCUAAACCAACAAAGACUGUCAAACCAAAAGCAAACAAAAAAUGCACUCCAAAAGACACCAAAUGUGUGCCAAAAACAACUAUACAAACAAGAAGAAGCAAAGAAUUACAAUCAGUCUUAAAUACCACGCAUGAUUCGGGCAGUAGUAUUAACAUUUCUGGUAGAAGUUUAAGAUCAAUGAAAAGGCUAGAAAAUUCGAAAGAAAAUAUUGAACCAAUAAUAACGAGAAGUUGGAGUAAAAACAUUGAUGAUGAACAAAUAUUUCCUGAAAAAUCUGUUAGGGCGAAUGGAAAUUCAAAUUUAGACUUACAAAAGAAAAGGCUGCUGGAUGAGGAAGAAAGUAUUUCAGAAAGAAAAAGGAGUAAAAUUGAUAAUAAUUUUGUACAAUCUGAUAAACGAAAUGAUAACCAGCAUUCCGAUUUUGAUGAUAAUGAUUUUAUGUUUAAGAAACCAUCUAUGCCGGUCCGUAAAUCAAAUAAGACCCAAAAGCAUAAUGUUACUGAAGUACUUAUUUCUAAAUCAUCACAACAACUUACUCAGAAAAUGAACCAAGACUCUGACAGCCAUACCAAAAAUUUACAAGAUUUAGAUUCAGAUAAUAACAACCAAACAGUAAUUUCUCAAAACAGCAGCGAUGUUUCAAUGAAACCCAGCUUUAUAAAACGGAAACUUUUCACACAAAAAUUAGACCUCCUUGAGAAUAAAAACCUAAAUAGCGAUUUAGCUGCACCAAGUCCUCAGACGAAAUCAAAUGUAUGUAAAGAGAAGAAUAAAACAAGGAAAUUAGUAACAUCCCAAUCGUGUCUCAGUAGAGAUGUUGUAGAUGAUGAAAAUAAUGUUUUGGAUCUGAUACACAAAAUUGUACCAGCCGAUCAAAUGAAUUUAACUACUGCAAGUAAUAAGAGGACGAAUAAAAGUAACAAAGUACCAGAUGAUAAUUGGGAUGUGGCCUCUGUUGUGUCUCAAUGUAACAGUGCUGAUGGUAGCGAUACAUAUACAGAUGAAGAAAUAUUCAAUUUACAUAAUACUAUUAAGAAGAAAGGUGAUACCAAGAAAAAACAAGAAACUAAAGCUAUCAAAACUGCAAUAGGAGAUUGUAAGGUUGUUCUGCAAAAUGUAAUAAAGCCUAAUGCUUGUAAGCAUAACGUUAAUGGUACAACAGAAUCAUCAUCUACUAAUAUAAAAACUAUAAAUAAAGGGGCAGUGUUGAAUUCAGUUAAAUCAUUUUGGGAAACUGAUAUGGAGAGUGACAUAGAGAGUCACAGUACACCAGCCUGGAAACAAAAAACUACCAUCAAUCAAGUGAAAGAACCAUUGAAAGAAACACCUAAUGUAACUAUCUUGCAACCUGAAAAGAGAAAAGCUAAGGGUAGCAUGAUAACAGUAAGAGGCUUAAAAAAUAAAAUAAACAAUAAAACAAUACUAAAUGAGGUAAAGAAACCUUCAGCUAGCCCCCAAAAAGUAGAUAUGCCUAAAGAAAUGGAGCCUGCAAAACCUAAGGCUGCAACAAAUAAAAAGACAGCAAGACAAACAAAAAAAGCUACAACAAAACCCAAUGAAAGUGUUCUUAAUACAAGUGAUGAUGAACAAAUAUUUCCUGAAAAAUCUGUUAGGGCGAAUGGAAAUUCAAAUUUAGACUUACAAAAGAAAAGGCUGCUGGAUGAGGAAGAAAGUAUUUCAGAAAGAAAAAGGAGUAAAAUUGAUAAUAAUUUUGUACAAUCUGAUAAACGAAAUGAUAACCAGCAUUCCGAUUUUGAUGAUAAUGAUUUUAUGUUUAAGAAACCAUCUAUGCCGGUCCGUAAAUCAAAUAAGACCCAAAAGCAUAAUGUUACUGAAGUACUUAUUUCUAAAUCAUCACAACAACUUACUCAGAAAAUGAACCAAGACUCUGACAGCCAUACCAAAAAUUUACAAGAUUUAGAUUCAGAUAAUAACAACCAAACAGUAAUUUCUCAAAACAGCAGCGAUGUUUCAAUGAAACCCAGCUUUAUAAAACGGAAACUUUUCACACAAAAAUUAGACCUCCUUGAGAAUAAAAACCUAAAUAGCGAUUUAGCUGCACCAAGUCCUCAGACGAAAUCAAAUGUAUGUAAAGAGAAGAAUAAAACAAGGAAAUUAGUAACAUCCCAAUCGUGUCUCAGUAGAGAUGUUGUAGAUGAUGAAAAUAAUGUUUUGGAUCUGAUACACAAAAUUGUACCAGCCGAUCAAAUGAAUUUAACUACUGCAAGUAAUAAGAGGACGAAUAAAAGUAACAAAGUACCAGAUGAUAAUUGGGAUGUGGCCUCUGUUGUGUCUCAAUGUAACAGUGCUGAUGGUAGCGAUACAUAUACAGAUGAAGAAAUAUUCAAUGUACAUAAUACUAUUAAGAAGAAAGGUGAUACCAAGAAAAAACAAGAAACUAAAGCUAUCAAAACUGCAAUAGGAGAUUGUAAGGUUGUUCUGCAAAAUGUAAUAAAGCCUAAUGCUUGUAAGCAUAACGUUAAUGGUACAACAGAAUCAUCAUCUACUAAUAUAAAAACUAUAAAUCAAGGGGCAGUGUUGAAUUCAGUUAAAUCAUUUUGGGAAACUGAUAUGGAGAGUGACAUAGAGAGUCACAGUACACCAGCCUGGAAACAAAAAACUACCAUCAAUCAAGUGAAAGAACCAUUGAAAGAAACACCCAAUGUAACUAUCUUGCAACCUGAAAAGAGAAAAGCUAAGGGUAGCAUGAUAACAGUAAGAGGCUUAAAAAAUAAAAUAAACAAUAAAACAAUACUAAAUGAGGUAAAGAAACCUUCAGCUAGCCCCCAAAAAGUAGAUAUGCCUAAAGAAAUGGAACCUGCAAAACCUAAGGCUGCAACAAAUAAAAAGACAGCAAGACAAACAAAAAAAGCUACAACAAAACCCAAUGAAAGUGUUCUUAAUACAAGAUCUACACGUAACUCAAAGAAGCUUCAAGAUUGUUUCUGUAGUGAUGAUGUAUCAAAUGACAGUAAUACCCAAACGAAAAAAAUGAAACAAAAAAAUACAGCUAAACCAACAAAGACUGUCAAACAAAAAAAGCACUCCAAAAGACACCAAAUUAUUUGUGUGCUUGUAAAAAAUAUAAAUGUGCAAUCACAUAGUGAUGAUGAACAAAUAUUUCCUGAAAAAUCUGUUAGGGCGAAUGGAAAUUCAAAUUUAGACUUACAAAAGAAAAGGCUGCUGGAUGAGGAAGAAAGUAUUUCAGAAAGAAAAAGGAGUAAAAUUGAUAAUAAUUUUGUACAAUCUGAUAAACGAAAUGAUAACCAGCAUUCCGAUUUUGAUGAUAAUGAUUUUAUGUUUAAGAAACCAUCUAUGCCGGUCCGUAAAUCAAAUAAGACCCAAAAGCAUAAUGUUACUGAAGUACUUAUUUCUAAAUCAUCACAACAACUUACUCAGAAAAUGAACCAAGACUCUGACAGCCAUACCAAAAAUUUACAAGAUUUAGAUUCAGAUAAUAACAACCAAACAGUAAUUUCUCAAAACAGCAGCGAUGUUUCAAUGAAACCCAGCUUUAUAAAACGGAAACUUUUCACACAAAAAUUAGACCUCCUUGAGAAUAAAAACCUCAAUAGCGAUUUAGCUGCACCAAGUCCUCAGACGAAAUCAAAUGUAUGUAAAGAGAAGAAUAAAACAAGGAAAUUAGUAACAUCCCAAUCGUGUCUCAGUAGAGAUGUUGUAGAUGAUGAAAAUAAUGUUUUGGAUCUGAUACACAAAAUUGUACCAGCCGAUCAAAUGAAUUUAACUACUGCAAGUAAUAAGAGGACGAAUAAAAGUAACAAAGUACCAGAUGAUAAUUGGGAUGUGGCCUCUGUUGUGUCUCAAUGUAACAGUGCUGAUGGUAGCGAUACAUAUACAGAUGAAGAAAUAUUCAAUGUACAUAAUACUAUUAAGAAGAAAGGUGAUACCAAGAAAAAACAAGAAACUAAAGCUAUCAAAACUGCAAUAAGAGAUUGUAAGGUUGUUCUGCAAAAUGUAAUAAAGCCUAAUGCUUGUAAGCAUAACGUUAAUGGUACAACAGAAUCAUCAUCUACUAAUAUAAAAACUAUAAAUAAAGGGGCAGUGUUGAAUUCAGUUAAAUCAUUUUGGGAAACUGAUAUGGAGAGUGACAUAGAGAGUCACAGUACACCAGCCUGGAAACAAAAAAACUACCAUCAAUCAAGUGAAAGAACCAUUGAAAGAAACACCCAAUGUAACUAUCUUGCAACCUGAAAAGAGAAAAGCUAAGGGUAGCAUGAUAACAGUAAGAGGCUUAAAAAAUAAAAUAAACAAUAAAACAAUACUAAAUGAGGUAAAGAAACCUUCAGCUAGCCCCCAAAAAGUAGAUAUGCCUAAAGAAAUGGAACCUGCAAAACCUAAGGCUGCAACAAAUAAAAAG